UGGUUGUCUUCUGCUUGGCCCAGCCUUUCCCCAGUUCAUUGUAGCAUGGAGACAGACAGUAAGACUCCAGUGGGGUAGAUCCAAGGGGAAGACAACAGAACAAUGGACCUGGCUCAUAAAUUCUCUAGGAGAGAGCUCACCCUCCUGUAUGAAGAAGUUCUCUACACCAUUCUCCAUCGCUUGGGCAAACCAGAACACAACCAUGUUGCUGAUCCAGAUGAGCUGUUUGAUUAUGUGCAGAAGGCUUUCAAUAUGGAACCAGAAGAGCAUCAUGUUAUUCUACAGCGGGUCAAAGAGCUAGAGAAACCAGUUUUUUGUCUUAAAGCAACUGUGAAGCAAGCCAGGGGUAUUUUGGGUAAAGAUGUCAGUGGCUUCAGUGACCCAUACUGCCUCCUAGGGAUAGAAACUAAGUCGCCGGACUCCUCUGCCAGUGGCAGUUCUCAAGAGAUCAAGAAACGAUCAAAGGCUGUGGUGAAGAAUCUACUCCCUGAAGACCAGACCCACCGCACUCAAAUCAUCAGUCAAACACUAAAUCCUGUUUGGGAUGAAACCUUUAUCCUGGAGUUUAAAGAUAUAGAGAAUGCCAGAUUCCAUCUGGACAUGUGGGACUCUGAUGAUGUUGAAACUGUGCGCCACAAACUAGGAGAACUCACAGACAUCCAUGGGCUGAAGAGGAUUUUUAAAGAUGCUCGGAAGGACAAAGGGCAGGAUGAUUUCCUGGGAAACGUGGUACUUCGCUUGCAGGAGCUGCACUGCAGGGAUGACCGUUGGUACAGGCUGGAACCUUGCACAGAAACCUACCCCAACAGAGGGCACUGCCACCUGCAGUUCCUUCUGAUCCACAAGAAGAGGGCCACUUCAGCCAGUAAGAUGCAACCAAGCUUUACAGUCCAUCGGCACCUGCUUCAGCAGAUGGUUUCCUAUGAGAUUCUCCAGCACCAGGCUGGCAGUAUGUUCUGGGAUGGCGAACUGAGCAAACAUGCCAGUACAAUCCUGUAUUUACAUGCUAGUCAGAAAGAUCUUUCUGACUUCCACCAGGUUCUGGCGCACUGGCUGGUGUACAGCAAGCUGUACCAGGUCUUAGAGUUCAGCAGCAACUGUCUGCUCCACCAGAUCACCAGCAUAGAGUACCAGUGGAUGCAAAGACGGUUAACAGCUGAGCAGAAAAAGGAACUGGCUGAUGCUUUCCAAAGCUUCCUCUCCUAUGGGAUUUCUCUCAUCCAGAGAUUCCGAAUUGUCUUUUCACCCUCUGCUCCCAAGUCUACGCAGAGGCUGCAGUCACUGCUCAGGGUCUUGGUCCAGAUGUGUAAAAUGAAAGCCUUCAGAGAACUUUGUACUCUACCUCUUGACCUGCAACAAAUGGUGACAGAGGCACUCAAGUCUGGAACAGCACAGUGGUUUCAGAUGAAGAAGCAACACCUGAAGCCGAUGGUAAAGACUAUGGAGGAGUGUGGCAAGGCCCUGGUUGGCCUUCUUAUGGAGGUGAAUGCAGAUCUCCAGCAAUGCCACAAAACCUGGAAUAAAUAUUUCAUCAGCACCAUGAGGCUGGAUCUCUACUCGAUUGCAUACCUUGAAAUGCAGGAGCAGGUUUCCAGUUAUGUCAAGGAGCAGCUGAGAAAGAUUGACGGUUGCAUGUCCCAGCUCACAGCAGAGAACCUGUUCCAGCUCUAUCUCAGCCUGCAAGAGUUGCAUGGCAUGAAGGACUUCGUGUGCAGCAGGGAAGGUCCUCUUGCACUUGCAAACUUCCAUGAGUGGUUUAAAGAAGCUGUUCCCAAGUGGCUCGAAAAGACAUACACAAUCGCCCUGGAAAGGACCCAGAGGGCUAUCCAAGUAGACCAGCUGACAACAUUGGGUGAGCUGAAUAAGCAUAGUACAUCCACCGUGGACUUAUCCACUUGUUAUGCUCAGAUGGUAAAGACCUGGCAGCAGCUGGACUGGCCAGAUCCUGGAGAGGCCUUCAUGAUCAUGGUGAAAUUUGUCGAGGACAUGUGCAAAAUUGCUCUCAUGUACUGCCGGCUGAUCAAGACAAGAGCAGAGGAAUUGUCAUCAAACCAGCAAGAGGAGGGAGAAGCAGCAAACCGGCUCUGCAUUGUGGUGAACAACAUCGAGCAGCUCCGCAUGAUGAUCCUGAUGCUGCCCUCACAACUGAGCUGGACGCAGCUGGAGCAGAAGACCGGAGAUGUCAUUGCACCAGAACAGUUCCAGAACACGCUGCACCACCAGCUGCAGGCGACCGUCACGUCCCUCAACAAUGAGAUCCGCGGCGUGGUGCAGACCCUGGGGACCAAACUGCAUGCUGGAAUUGCAAGACACAUCCAAGAUCUGUCAGCCUCAAGUGACUCCAAGGACCCAGAGGAUUGCAUCACUCCCUUAAUGAGAUUCUUGGAGUGUGAGCUCCAGUACCUAAAUGGGAACCUGGUCCAGGAGAACUUCAAAAGCCUCCUGGAAUUGCUGUGGAAUCAUACCCUGGACGUGCUGAAAGGGGCUGCCAAACAGAAACCUGGCAGCUUGCAGUACUUCAGGAAACUGCAGUUUGCCCUCCAGAGUUUGGAACUCUGCUUUCAUGCAGAAGGCUGCGGACUGCCAAAGGACGUCCUUCAUACUGCAGCAUUUAAAGAUCUAGAGAAACAGCUGGACCUUUGCUCUUCCACCAGCAGAAAACUUAUCCAGAAGUACUUCAGUGCCCGUAUCCAGCAGCAGAUGGAGGCUAGUCCUGAAAAAUAUGGAGCUGUGACUAUUAAAGCUCUUUACCGCUGCUCAGAGCAAAAGCUGCGCAUUGAAGUGCUCAACGCAGUGAACCUCCUUCCUCUGGACUCCAAUGGCUCAAGUGACCCCUUUAUUCAGUUGACCCUGGAGCCCCGACAUGAGUUCCCUGAAGUGGUGGCACGGACAACCCAGUGUAUAAAGAACAAUCUCCACCCAUUGUUUGAUGAAGUCUUUGAGUUUUUGGUCCCACCAGAUAAAUGCCAACAGGAUGGGGCAUGCCUAUUGCUCACCGUCUUUGACUAUGACACCAUAGGGGCCAAUGAUCUGGAGGGAGAAGCUUUUCUCCCCCUCUGCACGGUGUUGGGGCUGAACGAGAAUGAGGAGGUCCUCAGUCCCUCAAGCGUACCACAGGCCCGUUUACCUUUGACUCACCCUGGAACUAUUGGCAGUGAAAUCCUGAAGUUGCUAGAGAUCCGAAAGGGAGACAAAGAAGCGCAGGCAUUUGUGAAGCUACGCAGACAACGGGCAAAACAGUCCAAGGAAUCAGAGUGAUGGCAGCCACGCAGGAACAGUUGAAGCGGGAACUCAGGUGACGUGCGGCACAAUCUGUGCUGCCAUGGCAACAGCAAACCACACCAUGGAGAGCAGGAAGCCAUUAGACUGCAGCCAUUACUGCCGGUGGCUUUGGUGCACCAGAAAAUGUGGCUUUUGGGCCUGGCCCAGCAACAGACACUGUGGCUCUUUGUCAGCGCCAGCCAAAGAGCUGUGGCAAACAAAAGCACCUGGCUGAGCUUGGAUGAACGUUCGAUCCAUGUCCGUCCACGAGGUGCCAGGCAAGAACUGUGUUUUACUCCCGCCUGUUCAGUGAGCUUCACUGGAGCAGGGAUUAAAAUAAGAAUGAAAACACAGUACUUUGUCAAGCUGCUGUGGACUAAGGAAAGUUGUGAGCUAACAUAUGCACAUAAACAUGCUUGUGCACACACUGGAAAGAGCUGGCUUGGCUAGCGAAGCUUGUAAUGAGCCCCCUGAGGACUUCCUGCCGGAAAUUCUUUACUCUGAUUUCCAGAUAGCAUGAAAAGCAGACAGCUUAGUCAACUGGCUGCCAGAGGGAAAAUAAAAAAACCUUUUUUGUGUGGGGGUGGAAUCUCUCUAUCUACUACUCUCUGCUACAAAGGCUGGCCUUUCCAGCCCCACUGUGUUAAAAAGAGAGCUAGAGCUGCCGGCAAUGAUUUGGUGGUCAUCCAACUUUUGAUUAUCAUGAGGAAGGGCUAGAGUGUGGUAGAAAAUGAGUUGUGUGAUAAAGAGCGUAGGUGGGUUUGCCGAUAGUCGUUAUCAGCCAGAAUUUAUCUAUCAAUAAUGAUGUCCUUGUCAUACUAGUAAGCUGCACCUGGUUCCAGUGAGCUACUAGGCUCUUGAACGAUGUCUAUUAUAAAUCCAGACUUUCAAGGAGCACUUGCAAUUUCACCAUUUAUGGUAAUAGGAAGGAUGGUGCAGUGAACCUGAGGGUCAGGUGAAACUAGGAGCAGCUUAACCAUGGCAGUAAGGAAAGACCAGCUUCUGCUGCAGCAUUCAAGGAAGGAGACAGAGUCCAGCUGGCAGCGUUCUCCGUGGAAUCAGCGUAGUGCUUUAGCUAGGCAAGCUGCAAGACAAGGUUUUUGUUGCAUCAUCACUCUGCUGCAUUCACUGAAUUUUAUAGGGGUCAGGUAAUGGCUUCUUCCUCUUGCGUUUCCUCGCUGUUUCUUCCAUAAGAGAACAGCUGCACGGUGUGUUCGCAUGGGCAGAGCUAAGGAGGCCUCUCUCUGGAAGCACUGCUGCAGUUGCUGCUUGUAGUGAUAGCAAAAGUUGUAUGACCGGCAUUCCUUGGCCAAUUUGCCCUCUCUCCAGGGGCUGAGGUAAGUGCCCUGCUUGUGAAGCGUAGGAUGCACUGUUACUCAUGGGUGCACAGACUCCAAUAUCUGCACGACAGGCAUGGCACUCAACUGGUUUCCUCUUGCUCCACACACAGUUGCUGUCCUGGGAGGAAGUGAACGGGGGAACUGAGGCACUGUGACCAUGACCUCCUGUUUCUGUGACCACAGCUGCUAAAGAUUAAAGCCAGAGAAAGAAAUCAGCCUGGGAUCUGGAACGAGGGAAAGCAGGCCUAGUGCCAGCAAAAACAUUUCCUGUUUUGAAAAUGAUUGUGCCAUGUGAAAGAGACUGAAUGAAUGAAUGAAUGAAUGUGGGAGUUUUCAAGCAUCUUAAAAAUACUUUUAAAGUAGUGCAGCCUUUUCACAAUACUAAAUUUUCACAAUACUAAAAUUUAGGGAGGAGGAUGGCAUCCUUUUAUAUUAGGCUUACACACAUAUACUGUAGUUUCUCCUCAAAUUACCAUUUUUUUAACUAUCAGGAGUAGGGACAUGGUUCUUGUCUGCCACUCCAUUCCAGGUCACUUGCUGUGGAAGCAUAAAUUAAGUGGAAGGCAACCAAGUGUUGCUUGAUUUGGCUUUUUCAUCUCAGCCACUUGUACUGAGGUUUCACUGUCAGGCUGAACCACCACAGCCAAAGCCAGUGCUAGAAAAAGGGCUGGUAAUAAACAUGGAAUAACUAUCUAUCUGCUACUGGGAAUGGAGGUUCUGCAGUCCUGUCACUGGGGCAGCUGUAGUGAGCAGCACCGUGUCAGUGGCUGAUUGGCAGAGUAUGGGGAUGAAGCUAUGUGAUAAGGCUGGUUUAGGAUGGGCACAUCUGCCACCUUUAUGCUUUCUUCCCCAUGGAGAGGAGUGGUUUUGUUCUCAUGGUUUCCUCAUUAAAGGCUUGCCAGUGUGUGCAACAGUCCAUUCUGUGUACCUCUCCCAGGCACAUGGCCCAGGAAAAAGGCACAUCAGUGGAUGGUAUCUUCUCACCACAGUGGGUUGCUUUUGAAGAAAGCCCUAGUAGCCAUUAUACCUUCAAGGGCUGAAUUAAAACACAGAGCUGAUAGCAAGGGGGAAAAAUGAUGAAGGAAACAAAGGGACUGUUGCUCAGCAUGGGAUAGCUACCAAUUUUCAGUGAGAAAAAGGCCAUGAGACACAGAAACAUUCCAACUAUACUGCAAGGUAUUACAGCAGCUGAAAAGGAAUUUGGGCAGCAGGCAGAACACAUCCCUGCAGUGUGCUCAGAGAUGGAGGGUGGCACUCCCACCCACACUUGUGCUCAGCUCUAGAAGGGUCCAAAUGGUCAUUCUGUGUAAGCUCAUAACCCAUGACUUCAUGUUACAGGGACUACAAAGCAGUAUUUCUUGUAAAUGUGAAACCAAUCACUACUGCUGUUUCUCCAAUAUGGAGACAGCCUCUUAAAGUAUCAAAAUACCAGGACAGGCAAAAUCUAAAUAAAGCACUUGCAAAUGCGCUUUUCUGCAAUAGGCUACCAUGUGAUUGUUACAUACAUGUUGUUUCAGAAUUAAGCCCCACUUGGGAAUUACUCCCAGUAUAGUAUGCAUAUGAUUUCAGCUGGAGUGUGCAAGCUCACUUUACUGGGCCAUUCUACACAAUAAGGCUUUCUCUUGCCAUGUCUCUUCCUCCCUUUGCAAUCUCCUAGAACCUUCUGGAGAAGGUACAGCAGGAGCCAAAAAUGGAUGACAACAGAUUGGAAUUCUCCAGAGGUGGCUGGUGUCACAUCUUUUCCCAAGAGCACUGGCCUGAAUGAAAUGCUCUGUAUUGUCUUAACACAAUACACACACUAGAGGCAUGAUUGGUCCUGGCAUAGGCUAAAAAAAUGGGCCUUGAAUGCUCUAUUUCAGUUGAGUUGGUGGCUUAAUUGGCUUGAAGAAGCCACAACAGCUCAUGAAUUAGGCAGGGCCAUAUUGCUUGUUAUCAGCUGAGGUAUUUGCUCUGGGGACAUUUGGGUCCCAUUACAGAGAUAAGGCACAGAAAGCACAUUUGUAUCAAAAUCGACAUCUGACAUCUAUGUGUAGCAAUUUUAUAAAGUUUGAAAUGGUC